GGAGAGCAGGAAGAAGCGGCAAAAAUGGGAAGAGAGAGCUUGAAAGAUAUGGAGGCUGACAGGGAGGUCUUGGUCACGCUCUGCAAGUCCUUUCUUAAAGGUUCGAUGGCUGAUAUUGAUGAUGAUGAUGGUGAAUCGGAUGACAUUGCUGCCUCUGACGUCGCCAAGGGCACACAAAAUGCCCACCAAACUGGAACGAUGUCUGUGUCAGCGAAUGACUCUGCGUUAUUCGAAAAGAAUGCGGCUGCUUCUGUUGUGCAAGAAG